AUGGGCGCCAUCGGCCUCCGGAGGGCCCUCGGGGCCGCCCUGGCCGUUGCUGCGGCGCACCUAAUCUUCGCGUCGUGCGAAGGGGCUCCGGCGCCCGGGAGGCGGUCCGCCAUCACGGAGAGGGAGGCGCGGGGCCCAGGGCUCAUUGAUGAAGUCAUCACGUCAAGAGGCAUUCUGCAGACCAACAGCGAUUUGGAUGCGGGCCUGAUUUCCGCCGCCCAGGAAGGGAACCUCGAAGAAGUCCAACGCCUCCUCGAGCAGGGCGCCGACAUUGAGGCCACCAACAGCGCUGGCGCCACGCCCCUCAUCGAGGCCAGCUACGGAGGCCAUAUAGAGGUGGUGCGCCACCUGCUAGGGGGCCCAAGGGUCCAAGGCGCCAACGUCUCAGCGCAGGACGCCCUAGGCUUCUCCUCGCUGCACUGCGCGGCACAGGAGGGCUACCUUGUCAUCGCCAAGGACCUGUUGGUGGCUGGGGCGCCGGUGGAGCAGGUCACGGUGCGUGGCUCCACGCCUCUGCUGCUGGCCGCCCAGGGCGGGCAGCUGCCGCUCGUGAAGGAGCUGCUGCAGGCGGGGGCGAAUCCUGGCCUGGUCGACCGGGACGGGGCAACGCCACUGUACAAGGCGGCGCAGGAGGGCCACAGGGAAGUGGCCAAGAACCUGCUGGAGGCGGGGGCGGAUGUGGAAGGGGGCAUUGCAAAGCGCAAGGUCACGCCUCUCAUUGUGGCAGCUCAGGCGGGCCACCUCAACGUCGUGGAGGAGCUGAUAUCACGGGGAGCGAACGUCGGUGCACGUGACAUCUCUGGAGUGACGGCCCUCCACGUGUCACCGGUAAUGCUGGCCACCGAUGGAGAGCUCACAGGCAAGCUUGUGGCUCACGGCGCCGACCCUACACUUCCGGAUGGGGCUGACAACCAACCUCUGCACUGGGCAGCGGAGUUUGGCAACAAAGCCGCGGCUGAGGUGCUGUUGAGGGCGGGUGCGGAUGGCGAUGCGAGAAGCGGCGACGGCCGGCUGCCGCACGAGUUGGUGUGCAUCUGCACAGAGGUGGAUCCGACACUGGAGGCUGCACUGACUUGCGACAAGGGCGCAUGCUCGAAGAAGGACACUGCGUCUUUGAAGAAAUUCUUCAAAAAUGCCGAGCAAGGCUGA